AAAUAUACCUAGGUCAAAUACUUUAAAUUAUUAUUAUUUUUUUAUACACUACAAAUUUAAAAGUAAUUGCAAGUUUGAGAAUAUUUUUAAUUUAACUGUGUAGUCAUAAAAAGAUGUAGGACAGAAUUCAGGUAUUUAUUGUUUAUUUUAAUAUUUUUCAUGAGUGCAUUUAAUCGAGAAAUUAACAUCUAGUUUUUUUUUUUUCAUCUUUAGUUGAUUAAUGAUGGUUUUCAUCAAAGCCUAUUCGAAUCGUAGUGGGAAUGCUUUGUCUGUGGCAAAGGCACAUUGUCCACUACUAAAAGCGUAUUUCGAUUACCGAAGAAAUCAAAAAUUUAGAAAAUAUUCAACCGACACUCGUAUUCUACCAAAAAGUUUCAAAGUAGCAAUAUGUGGUGGAGGAGCAAUGGGAGCAUCGGUUGCUUAUCACUUGGCCCAAAUGGGAUGGGGUCCACAAACCAUUGUCAUUGAACAAGACUUGUAAAUUAUUAUUACUUGAUAUGAUUUAAAUUUGAAUAACCUACUGAUAUUUAUUCCACCUAAGGUUAGGGAAGGGUAAGAAAUGGUUUUCAUCAGAUUUAAUUGGUGUGUUUAAACCUACUCUUAGCCAAGUAAAACUAUGUCAAGCCAGUGUAAAAAUGUAUCAAGAACUACAAUCUCAAGGCUAUGAAACUGGUUGGAAACAAUGUGGUAGUCUGUGUGUUGCUCGAACGAGGGAUCGCAUGACUGUUUUUAAAAGAAUGAAAUCACAAUCUGUGUAAGAAAAUUAAUUUAUUAUAAUUGUUUAUUGUUCUUAUUUAAUAUAUAUUCAUAUUCAUACAAUUUAGUUCGUGGGGCAUAAAUUGUGAAAUAGUUGAUCCUCAAAAAGCAAAAGAAAUCUGUCCAUAUAUUAGAAUUGAUGACAUCAAAGGAGCAUUAUGGAUACCAGAGGAUGGUAUUGGAGAUUCAUAUAAAAUAGGUCUAUCUUUUUUAAAUGCUGCAGAAAAAAAAGGUAUUUUUACAUUAAAUAUAUUAUAAUAGAUACAUACUUUGUUUAAAAUAAAUAUUUUUUCUCUUUACACAUAUAAAGUAUGUACUUAUUUAAACAUAUAAUAUUACUGUUAUUCAGUGGCGGAUUUAACAUUUUUUAACCAGUAGUAAAAUAUGAAAUUGAUGCCCUUUAUUAUUUUAUAUAAUAUAAUAUGUUUACAUUGUAAUAUAUUUUUAAAUUAUAAGAGUAUUAUAAUUUAAGUGUUACAUAUACUCUUGCGUAAAACUAAUGGCCACCAGGACCCGUUGUGCUUACCAGUGAUAAAACUACUGAUUGUCACUAUACGUUAUUUAUUGUUUCUGAUAAAAUCGUAAUCAUUUAGGUACAAUGUAUUUAAAGAUUAAGUAUUUACAAUUUCUAAAUCAAAUUUAGAACAAAAAUAUGUUUACAUUUUGCAUGCCACAGAAAUGGCACCCCAGGCAAGUGCCACGUUUGCCCAGCUGUGUUGUUACUAUUUAAAAUGUCUAAAAAAAAAAUUCUAAAAUAUUAAUUUUAGAAAUUUAAUACAAAACAUUUAUUCAAAAAUUGACUUAUAUUGAUUGAUUACAAGUACUUACAAUAAUAUGUAUCAACAAAUAAUAAUUUUUUUAAAUUUCAGGUGUUUUUGUUGUUGAUGGUAAAUUAUUAGAUGUGGUAUGUGAUAGUGGUAAAGUUGUUGCAAUUGAUACAUCAAAAGGAUCAUUUGAAUGUGAUUAUUUUGUAAACUGUGCUGGUUUCUGGGCUCGUCAAAUUGGACAACUUAGCAAUCCUAUAGUCAAAAUACCUCUUCAUCCAGUUGAACAUUAUUACCUUUUGACAAAUCCUAUACCUAAUAUUGAUUCUCUUCUUACUCCGGGUAUAUUUUAUUAAAAAAUUGAGAAUUCAUAUUUAAUAAAUAAAUUAUUUAUUAUUUUUUUAUAGUUGUACGAGAUCAAGACGGUCAUAUUUAUUUAAGAGAAUCAAAUGGAUGCAUAUUAGCUGGUGGAUUUGAACCAAACGCUAAACCUGCAUUUGAAAAUGUGCAUUAUCCAGGUAAAUUGGAUUCUUCAAAUAAAAAAAUAAAGGAUAAAGAUAAACUAUUAUUUUCAAUUUGAAAUAGGUAUAAUCAAAUAUUUAAAUAUAUUCAGAAUAAAUCAAAAAAUCGGUAUUAAAAUAGAAUGACUUCAAUUUUUAUUAAUGAUUUUUCUUUUUUAGUUUUCAAAAAUGUUCAGGAUUUUGAAAGGAAAAUUCUAAAAUAUUCCUUAUUAUUUUGUUUAUAAAGUAUACUGAUUUAACUACUGUAAGAAAACCAUAUAUAGUGGAAUCUCACCAUUUCGAAGUUUCUGUAGGUCAAAUUUUUUUUUUCAGUCUCAAUCAAUCAGUGUUGGAUGUAAUUCCCUCGGUAACUCGAAGUUUCAAUGUGUCAAUUUUUUUUUUUUUUUCAUCGGUUUCUUGAGACUUCAAAAUACCAAGGUUUCAUGGUAUUUGAAAAUAUUUAUUUAAUAUUAAUAAUAAAAUGUCUAAGCACUUAAUAAUAAGAGACCACAGGGAAAUAAAAAUAAAACGUAUAAUAAUAUAUUUAAGGUUUGUAAAAAAAAAUAUGUUAGUUAUUUUAUUAAAAUACUAUUCUAUAAAGUAUAUUUGUAAAAUGCAUUUAGAUAUUAUGUUUAAAUAAAAAUGAUUUUGUAUAAUUUCAGAUUCGCCGGCUGGUAGACGAUUACUAGCUGAUUGGGAUCAUUUCCAUGUGCUAUUUGAACAGAUAUUACACAGAGUGCCUGCAUUAGAAAAUGUUUCACUUGAUAAAUUAGUGAAUUAUGCUGAAACAUUUUCUCCAGACUGUAAAUGGAUUGUUGGUCAAGCACCCGAAGUAUGUAUUGUUUUUUUUACUUAAUUAGAUUUUUUCUACAAAGUAUUCUUUAUGUACUUAACUUAUUUAUUUGAAAUAUUUAAGGAAAAUUAUUAUAACAUAUUAUGUGUAUAAUAAUUGAACAGUUUAUUUUUUAACUUAUAGUAUACUUUCAUAAUAUUAUAGAUUAAAAAUUAUUAUGUUGCUGCUGGUAUGAAGACAGUGGGUUUAUCAGCUGCUGGUGGUGUAGGCCAAGCAAUAGCUGAAGCUAUUGUGCAUGGGUACUCUCAGUACGAUCUGUACGAAUUAGAUAUGAGUCGGUUUUUAGGGUUACAUAAUAACAAAAAAUUCCUCAGAGACAGAGUAAAAGAAGUGCCUGGUAUGUUUUAUACAUAUUUUUUUUUUUUUAAAACAGAUUAUUAAAUUUGCAUUAAAAUGAAAAAUUAGUUAAGUCAAAUACUUAUUAUAUAUACAUAGAUAAUAUGACAAUUUGUACAUAGAUUAUGUAUUUUUUCUAGGUAGACACUAUAGCCUUCAGUAUCCUAAUAAAGAAUUUAAAACUGGUCGUAAUUUAAGAAUGUCUCCAAUUUAUCCAAAAUUAAAGGAAGCAGGUGCUGUGUUCGAACAAGUUAUGGGUUAUGAAAGGCCUUCUUGGUUUGAUCCAGACCUAGCAAAAGGUUUGUUGUAAAUUACAUUUAUUUUAAAUAAUUAUUCUAUGUUUUAUAAUUUAUAGCACGAUUAAAUGAUGAUACUCGUUCAAACAAAUUUAUUAUGGCUAAGACUAAUACCUUUGGAAAACCUGAUUGGUUUGAUAUUGUUGAGGCAGAAUAUGAAGCAUGCAGAGAAAAUGUUAGUCUUUUAGAUUAUUCAUCGUUUACUAAAUUGGAUAUUCAAGUAAGUACUCCAAAUAUUUAAACAAAAUAAUUUAUAGUUAACAUAGCUAUAAUUGCAUACUACUAUACUGCUCAAUAUUUAUUAAAUUUUUUAAGCAAAGUAAGGGAGCUAUUAUUGAUUUUUGUCUUUUGAGAUGUGGGGGGGCAAUAUGUCUACAAAAUAUUUUUAUAGAAGUAAUAAUAGGUAUAAAAUUGAAUACAAAUAAUAUUUUAUUAUUUUUAUUUGUAGUUAAAAAUACAAAAAUAUUAAACAUGUGUUUAGAAAUGUAUCACUACUAUAAUUAACAUUUAGAACUAACAUUGUAUUAUUGUCUAUCAUACUAUACUUCAAAUAUUUAAAAAGUUUAAAUUAUUAUUUAUAUUAAUGAUAUUGAUAUAAUUUGAAAGUAUUAUGGAUGUCAAUAUUGGCCUAUGAUAACAGAAAAUGAACAAUCAUUUGAUCCCAAAUAAUUUAUUUCAGCAAUAAAUGAUGUUUACAAAAUCACAUAAUAUAAUUUAUUAAAAUUUCAAAAUUGUUUUAGCUUUAAAUUUGGAAAAUGUUGUGUAAGACUUCUUGAAAUAUUUGUUUAAUUAUUAUUUAUAUUAAUAUUAUUAAACUUAAAACAUAAUAAAGUAAAUAUUCAGUUUGAAAUAAUUAUAAAUUAAAUUAUAUUUAAUAUAUUUUAUUUUUUAUACUAUUAUUUUCAUUGUCUUUUAAAUCUGUUCAAUAUCACAUCCCAUUCAUAUUUCUCUUACUCAAAUAUAUUUAACUCAUUUAUUUAUUUCAAUAAAAUUAUAAGAAAAUAAACAUUGACCACCAAUUUAGUAAAAAUGGCAAGUUGUUUUAUAAAUAAUGAGCCUAACUUGCUCAUUUGAACUCUGUCUAAAUAACAGAACUAAUGAAUUUGUAAAACUAAAAUAUAUAUUUUCAAAUGAGAUUAAUUGAUCAAUUGCAUAAAGUAUUGAAAACUUUUAUAGAGUGAUGGCUAUAUACCAUAGUUCACCCAAGUUAUAUGAUGUUGAUUUUAGUAAUAAUGGAUAACUCAGAAAACUACUCGAAAACUACUCAUUACUCUAGUAAGAAAAAUAAAAUACAAUUAAAUUAUUAUUGAUGAUUUGUUUUACAAUGAAAUCUGUCUUUAAUGAAUACUCACGAGACCAUUAAACGCUUCUGAUGUAAAAAAAGUUUCAUUGUUUUUAUUAUAGUCAAAUUCAUUCAGCUUCUUACGUUAUCCCGAUUUAAAAUUUUCAGCAAGUUUACUAAGUACGAUAGUGUCUUUGCUCAAAAUAAUUUCCACUUUUUACAUUAAAUCAAAUUAUUCCCAUAUGUACAAUUGAUGCCGUUGCCAAGGAAAAACAACAAACAUCGAUAAGUACGAUUUAUGGUUAAAGUAAGAUAAUAGGACAUAAUAUUUUAUUUAUAUUGACUAUAUUAUAAACGUUAUUACUUUUAGUAAUAUUAAAAUUGAACGGACAUACAAUUUCUUGAUUUUACUGUAAAAUAUUAUCAUUAUGCUAAAGGGGGAAAUAUGAUUGUCCGCAUAUGUUAUAGACAAGUUGAAACACCUAUCUUUUUGCUGAUUUCCUAUUUAUUUUGUUUCUUAAAAGUGUAUCUAGUGUCUCAGUUCAACUAUCGUGUAACAUGCACGAACAAUGCUUACACAGAAUAAGUAAAACUAUCUUAAUUUUAAUUUUAGAGUAAAAGUACCUAUUAUGAAACUUAUAUAGAACAAUAUUUUGGAGAGUUUUUCAUUCCAAAUAUACAGUUCGAUAUGAGAGAUACUAAAACCUUUUUGUUUUUUAAAUAACUAACCUAUGACAUUCCCUCCAAAGUAUUGUUCCCUAAAAUUAAAAUUAAACUAGUUUUACUUAUUCUAUAUAAGCAUUGUUUGUGCGUGUUAUCCGGUAGUUGGACUGAGACAUUAGAUGCAGGUAUAACGUCCUCUAAAGUGAGAUGUCCAUUAAAACAGGUUUCAUUGCAGACUUCUUUUAAAAACAAAAAAUACAUAUUUAAAGUUAUCGCCUGGAUUAUUUAGUAGUAGCUCAAAAGUCUAUUAAAAAAAAUCUUAAUCUGAAUGAAAAAGUGUCAAUAUAACAGUAUCAAUGAAUAUUUACAGUAUUAUUUAGUUGAUAAAAUAUGUUUAUUUUAUAUACAAUUUACAAAUUCAUUUUUAUAAACUUAAACAUUUUUAAAUUUUUCUUAUGAUUUCAAAAUCACUAUAUGUAUAAUCAUCAAUUGACUUAUCAUUUUUGAAUUCCACUUUUUCGAUAUGACUAGCAGGACUUCCAAUUUCUUGCAACCAUUUUGCCAUCUCGGCGACUUUUUCUGGCGGCCCUUGUAUUGCACCCACUACAGUACCUUUGGGUGUAUUUUGACACCAACCUCGAAGUCCUAAUAGUUUACCUUGUUCUUGGGUACAUUUGCGAAAAAAAACUUUUUGCACACGUCCGAAUACUUCAAAAUCUACAGUCUUGAGUUUAGCCGACAUAAUAUUAUUCAGUUGGAAACGUUCAGAAUCAAAUUAUUUAGUAACUGCUAUCACUCUAGAAUAUCUGACUAUUGAAUCAAUCUUUAAUGUACUAAAUUAAAUUAAAAUAAUCUGAAUAAUGUGAUAAUCCGAAUUAAAUCUUAUAUAUAAUUUUUUUUUCACGUUAUCAAUCAAUACUGGUGUUGAUAAGAUUCAUAUGGAGUAACCAUAGUUUUUGAUAUAAAAUUGCAAAUGUAUUCAAGCCAUUUUAUCUUUAAUAUAGAUAAAAUUGAUGAUUAGAUUUGAGCGGGAAAUUUAAAUUAAAUUAGCUGCUUAUUCAAAAUUUAAGAAUUUUAUUUCCAUAAAAUAUUUAUCGUUUAUUAUAUUAUUAGUAUUUAGUAAAGUUAUCACGAACUUCUACAAUUGUUUAUAAUUUAAAUAUACUAACAUAGUGCCUACUACCUAUUAAAGUAAAUAAUAUAUACCUCUAAUAAAAAUAAAGAGUAUGUUUAUACUUCUAGUCUAAAGGCCGUGAAGUUGUUGACUCAUUACAGUAUCUUUGUUCAAACGAUGUAGAUAUACCGAUAGGCAGUAUAAUUCACUCAGGUAUGCAAAAUGUUCGUGGUGGUUAUGAAAAUGACUGUAGUCUUAUAAGACUAGAGGAAAAUCAGUAAGUUAAUUUCGUUUUAAAUUAUAUUUAUUAAAAAUAAAUUAAAUUUAUAUUAUUAGUUACAUGAUGAUUGCGCCUACAAUUCAACAAACUCGAUGCAAAAUUUGGAUUGAACGCCAUUUGCCGUCUGAUAAUUCUGUAUCUUUAACUGACGUAACUUCAAUGUUUACUGCCAUUUGCAUAAUGGGUCCUUUUACAAGACACCUAUUGUCUGAACUAACUGAAACUGAUUUAAGUCCAAAAUCAUUUCCAUUUUUCACUUAUAAAGAACUAGAUGUUGGUUUAGCAAACGGUAUUAGAGCAUUAAAUCUUACUCACACUGGAGAAUUAGGUUAUGUUCUAUAUAUACCAAACGAGGUAAAUACUAUUUAAAAUAUUUAAAACUUAUCUGCUAUGUUUUAGAAGAAUGUUUUAUGUGAUUCUAUAUUCCUGAGUAAAUAGUUGAAUUUAUUUUUAUCUGUUUUAAUACUGUUAAUUAAUGAUAAAAGAAAAUGGCAUGGCCUUGUGAGAAAUGUGAUAUUUUUAUUUUGAUAAAAUAGAUAUUAUACAAUUAUUGUUUAUAUACAUGUGAUUAAGAAAAAAACUGAAUUAAAAUAAAAUGUUUAUACUCGUUACAAUUUUAAGUAAUAUGUUUAUUAUAUAUACAUAUAUAGUAUUAUAGUUUUAAAUUUUAUGAUUAAUAAUUAAUUUAAAUUAAUUUCACAAUAUUUUAAAAUUAUUGUUUUUCUAUUUAUUUCUAAUUUCAUUAUAGUUUUUAUGUUAAUGCCUAAUACAAUUCCAUUAAUAUUAUUAAUACAAAAGUUGUUUGGAUGAAAAGGAUGUUUAUUACAUCUUUACACCAAAACUACUUAACAGAUUGAUCUAAAAUUUUGGACAAAUAUAGUUCUAGACAAGGAAUUACAUAUAGACUAGUCACGCUCUCCCUAUAUUCAAUCCCUAAUAGGGGGCUGACACAGGUGUAUUGGUAUUUCUGUAACGAAAAUCAAAUUAUUUUUGUUAAUUUAUAGGUUACUUUGGCAAUACAGGUGAUAAAAAAAUAAUGGCUAUUAAUAAUAAAUUUGGUUGGCUCUGGCAAAGAACCCUUAAAAAAAAAUUAACAGUUAAUUGUGAUAGGUACUGUGAGUCACAAAAAGACAUGUUUUAUAUUUUUACAAUUUUUUUUGUUCAAUACUAUGGAUUAACAUUGCAGAACAGCUAAUAUAAUAUUUUAUUACUUAAAUAAAGAUCCUGCCUGGCCCUAUAAAGCAAAACAUAUUGUUGACUACCAUGAUUUUCUAACUGAACUAUUUGGUAUUUGGUUUAUUUCGAAAAUUAUCAAACAGUUUGUAAGAUUUAUAAUCUAUUUUACAAUAUAUAUAUUCUUUUAUUUAGUAUGUGAGCUAUUAAAUUAUUCUUACAUAAUAAAUCAAGUAACUUCAAUAAUUAUUUAUUUUUUUUUUUUUAUUUUUUUGUUUUUUUUUAUAUACAUAGUUUUCUUUGCAUGUUUACAAUUCAUUAAUUGAAGCUGGGAAAAAGUACAAUAUGAAGCACGCUGGUUGUUAUGCAAUGAAGGCGUUAAGAGUAGAAAAAUUUUAUGCAUUUUGGGGACAGGACUUAGAUACUACAACAACACCAUUAGAAUGUGGAAGAUCUUGGAGAGUAAAGUUUGAUGUAAGCCAAAUUGUUUAAUAAUAAUUAUUAUUAUGUAAAAUAUAGGUAUACUAAACUGUGUUUUGAAAUUUUUAGAAAAAAACUAAUUUCAUUGGACGAGAUGCCUUAUUACGUCAACAGGAAGAAGGAAUAAAGCGUAUAUAUGUUCAAUUAUUGUUAAAUGAUCAUGAUCCUGAGACUGAGUUAUGGUCUUGGGGUGGUGAGCCUAUAUUUAGAGAUAAAAAAUAUGUAGGUGCCACAACGACAACUAGUUAUGGCUUCACAUUUAAAAAACAAGUAAACAAAAAUAAUAAUUAUAAACAGAAAAUUGUCCAUUUGAUUACUAUAGAUUAUAAUUAUUUCAGGUAUGCCUAGGAUUUGUUCAAAAUUUAGAUAAAAAUGGAUUACCAUUACCAGUGACAAACGAUUAUGUAAUGUCUGGAGAGUAUGAAGUAGAAAUAGCAGGAAUACGGUACCCAGCAAAAGUAAAUAUAAAUAGUCCAAAUUUGCCAACAAAAUAUCCAGAUAAGGAACGCGAAUCAUAUCUUGCCACCCGUGAUAAAAUGAUAUCUGAACCGUUAUUAAGAAAUAAUUAACAGGCCAAUAAUAUCAAUUAAAAAUUAUUCACUGUUUUCCUAAGUCUCCAAAAUAAGUUUGAUUUUCCUAUUUUUACCUGUUAGUAUUGUUUAAAAAAGAAAAAAGUAUUAUUUACAUGUAAUUUCCAUUAGUAUUUAUAAAUCAUAGAUAAUUAGAUAAGACAAAUUUAUGUAGCUUUAUUUUCCUACGUAAAUACAAUUUGUGCUUAUAGUGUAUCACAAGCAGUGGCAGCACCUGAGGUGGGCCAGAGUAGACCGCAGACGACACUAAUAUCUUCUCGGUCUACGACUGGCCCAUCCUGUAUGAUUUCAUAAUAUUUUUGUUUUUAUUACAUCAUUUUAAAAUAUAUAGUAAUGUGGAAAUCAUAAUUAUAAUUAAAUUAUAUUUAAAAUUAAUUAAAAAUCGUUAUCACAAUUUUCUAAAAUAGAACAGACCAAAUAAAUUUGCAUUAAUGAAAAUAGUGAUUAACAUAAAAAUAGUACUUUAUCAUAGGUUGAAUGAAAUAAGAAUAAAUUAUAUAAAAGUUCUGUAUUUUCAUAACUAAGUGAUCAUCAUAUAAUAAAUUGUAGUUAAUGAAAACAGGAAAUAUGUGAAAUCAAUAAUGCCAAUGUUACUCCACCUUCCUUAUUUAAUCAUUUAUAAUUUCAUAUUGUAGCAUUUUAUAAUCUUUUUCGUUUGUUUAUUGUUUGCUUGUUGUUACUAGUUUCAUAUUUUGUAGAGAAUCUUUAUAUAUUAGUUUAGAUAUUAUUGUAAAUUAAUUUUAUAUACCUGUUAUUGAUGUGUUAUUAUACUAAAAGGACCCAGUUCGUAUAUUUAUAAUAAAAUAAUUAUAAGUUAGCCAUUUCAUUUUGUUGACACUUUUAUAAUUAAUUUAGUAUGAACAGUAACAAUUCUUUAAAGCUAAUGAAUGUCAUUUCUUGUUUUAAUAAGGUGAUAAAAAAAUAUUGUUAAAAAGAAGUGUAUGUCACUGUUUUAAUUGGUGGUUAUGUUAUGGCUCUUUUUAGUAAUAUAUCAAAGAGGGAGAGCAUUGUUGAGGUUUCAAAAAUUGUCCGCUAUUAUCCUCAAUAUAGAUGUUUUGUCUUAUUUUUUUUUUUUGUUACCCUGUACUUGUAACCAUCUGAUAAACUAAUGGUAAUGCAAUUUUUGUUAUGACACUGGACCUCCCUAUAAAUCAGUAGUCUCAACUUGGCCCGUCCAGAUAAAAAAUCCUGGGGUCACCACUGUUCAUAAGUCAAGAAUAUAGUAUAUAGUUAUAAGUUUUGUUAAUCUAAUACUGCAUUUUGUUUUUUAAUUGGACUAAGUCCGUAAUAAAUAAAAAAAAUAUUGUUUGCUGUGAAUUUCCGUAGAUGAUCCAGGAAAAUUAACAAUGUAACAGUUUAAUUGUAGUAACUAAUCAAAUUAAAUUGCCCUUAACUACCCAAAUUAUGUAAUAUUACUUUGGCUAAAACAAAACAAUAUUUUUCUCUUUAAGUUACUAAUAUUCUCCAUGUAAAAUAAAUAUAUAUUGUACUUGUGAAUGCAAACUCUAGUCAUAAUAUACCUAAUAUAUUCUAGUGAAUUUAUUUAGUUUAUUGCUAUUAUAUAUUAUGUUAUUUUUCAAUUUGUUUCCGUGAUUUUUUAAUAAUCGAGUACUAUAACUUGUUUUUUUUUUUUUUAAUUUGCAAUAUUUGGUUAAUAUAUAUAUAUAUGUAUGUAUUUAUGUAAUAGUUAUUUAACAAUACUAUUAUGUUGUUAUGUAUAAUAUAGUUUUAAACACC